AUGGAGACCAUAAACGAGAUAAUUCCAUUCGCUAAAGAGAUCCUGAGCCAGAGGCCCAGUCGGGGCAUGAUGAAGGUGUACUUGCUGGGUUCUACCCUGGCAUUGUUUGGAGUGGUCGGUGGACUGGUGGAAACGGUAUGCAUGCCAUUUUGUGAACAGGAACCAUUAGACGAGGAAAUGAUCAAGCUGAUCACAGAGGAGAAGAAGAGGCAAAUGCUGGAGCCAGAGAUAACCACUGACGAGCCUGAUGUUGUGGAUGAGCUGCAAACGGAGAUUGACGCUAAGAAGCCACUGGAAGGUCGUCAGAGGAGGGCAUCUAUCAGGUCACAUGCCUGUUGA